AUGAAUAAAAAUCUGACUAACUUGGCCACCACUGAACCACUUCGGGUGACAUUUGUGUCCAGGCAUGAUCGGCCCACUGACUGGCAUCAUGCUCGGCCUGGCAGGUACUGCUUCGUGGAGAACCUGUACCAGAAUGGCCUGAUGUCUGCUCCUGAGUAUGCUGUGCUUGACCAGUGGUUCCAGUGGAUCACUACUAACGUGGAUGUCAAACCGGACCUCAUUGUGUACCUGCGCAGCUCGCCGGAGGUGGUGGCUGAGAGGAUCCGGCGGCGAGCUCGCGACGAGGAACGCGCCAUCCCUGACUCGUACCUGCGCGCGCUGCAUGAGCUGCACGAGGACUGGCUGGUGCGGCGCUGCCGGUUCUCGCUGCCCUGCUCUGUCCUGGUGCUGGACGCCGACAAGGACCUGCAGAUGCUGAAGGAGGAGUUCAACAGCCGAAAGCACGAGAUCCUAUGCUGCAGCGCAGUGAAGAGUCCGGUCAAGGGCCCGAGGUCGCCAACACCUGCUGCUGCCAUCUGAUGGCUGACCUGAGGAGCACUGUCUGACACCUGAUGUGUAGUGGAACUGCGUUGUGCUAUCUAUACAUGUUGUUCUGGCGACUUUUAGUUUGUCUUGUUCCUGCUGACUAGCUGAUCUGUGCACUUUUACAUUGUCUGUUUUAGAUGCCCAAGGCCAUUGUAAUCUCAUGAGGGGUUGUGAUAUAAUUUCUGUGUAUAUCUAUGCUUCCGCAUAUGUGCAUGUGUGCGUGCUCCAACUAGUGAUCCUCAUGUUUAUGUCGUUGAACAUUAGAAACUCACUGUGAAGCAUGUCUUCUAGAUAGGGUUGGCCUCUGUUGACAGAGUUGCACUGGCACCAACAAGUGUUCUUGAAAGUCAUGUCAGCACUGACCAAAGAGCAUUUGCGUGCAAGUGACCACAGCAUUCACAUUCUGUAAAUAUAUUUUAUAUCACAUU